CAUUUCAGUUGGUGAAGUCAUCUAAAUUGGUUGACGAAACAAAAAAUGGCACAACUCAAGUAUAAAAUCGCUAUUAGUCUUUUCAUCCUAAUUUGUUCCACAAAUUAUGUAACAAUCGCCCUGUAUGGUUGUAACAAGUACAUACUCGGUGUUCUACAACUUCGUGUCAGUUACGUGUGCGGCAACUUAGAAUUAUUAGACAUUCAACGGCAUCUAACGAAACAGUUGAAGGAAUCCAAUGAAACAAAACCGAUAAAUUUGAUGUUAUCUAAAAUUGUAUUGCCCGAUUCUUUCAAUGGUGAACUGCCCAAGGAUUGGUUCAACACAAAUAUAUCGGUGAGAUACCUUCAUUUGCGGUAUUUAAAUAUAAAGAAAAUUGGAGCGGAUGCAUUUGAAUCGGAGAAGUUUGAAAAAUUGAGAGAACUUGUGAUUUCUGACAUCCCAGCCAUAUCUUUUGUAAGCAGUUCUUUCCGCGGAUUAAGCAAUCUGUGGAAACUUGUUUUGAUCAACAUACAAACGUUUCACUUUGAAGAAAAUGUGCUUGCACCAGUGGCGAAUUUGCAAAAUUUGAUAAUCAAUUGCAGAAGCAACGAACCAUUGUGGCUUGAUAAUCUGUUGGGCACCGUCAAAAUGGACCAAUUGGUUCAAGUGCGAAUAAGCCAUUGCAAUUUGAAUGAAACAAUUACCGAAACGACUUUCUCUGGCCUGCAAAGUGUUAUUGAAUUGAAUUUAAAUCAUAAUAACAUUGAACGCUUGGGUGAGCGAUCGCUGGAUGUUGUUCUACAGUCAACGCAUUAUUUACACUUGUCAGUUAAUAAGUUGACCGCAUUGCCCAUCGAAUUAUUUGAAAACCGGCGAGAUCAUCUACUUCAAGUCACUGUCUCUCGAAAUCCAUGGCAUUGCGAUUCUAAUAUGGAAAAAUUACACCGAUUUAUCCAUUCAGAUUCAACAAUUCAUUUUGGUCCAAUGGUGUGCAAAACACCACCAGAAUGCGAAGGUUUUCAUGUUGAGAAAUCUGCUUCAUUUUGCGGCAAGAAUGAAGAGAAAGUGAUGCUAGCGGAAGAAGAGAUAGCCGAAGAGAGAGAGGUGCAAAAUGUAGCGACAACGGUAUCAGUUUUGUCAAUAGCGUUACCACCGUCAGAAGUAGAAGAAAUAUGGUUUUCGGAAAAUGAAGAGAGAGACUUCUUGGAAAUAGUAACUAGUUCACCAGAUUCUUCUGUCUCGGUAACAGAAGCUGAUGACCUUAUCCAGUGUAAUUACCAGAAUAAAAAGCUAACCUUGUUAAAACGAUCUCUGAAAAAGUUUCCCUCAAUUUGCCGAAGUAAUGACGAGAUGGAAGUUGAUGCUGUAAAAGCUUCCACCGACUAUCAACUUGUGGCAAUCGCGGAAACCCCAAGACGCAGAAUUUUGAGUUGCUUGACAAGUGUCAACAUUGGUGAGAAGAAAAUGGUUAAUUUGAAUGAAAAUUUGAAAUCGAUCGGCAUGUAUAGAUUUUGUUGGAUGGAAAAAGGCAACAACACCAUAGCACCAUGGGACUGCUUUGUUUUCCAUUUCAAAUUGGACGAUGUAGAAGACGCAUGGCUAUUGGUAGAACAUAAACCAAUUGCUGUUGCCAUAUUCAUAUUGAUCGCAGUUUUGGGACUUCUAAUUGGAAUUUUGCAAGCAAUUUUACUGACCAAACUAUUUUCCCAGCAAAAGGUGGAUAGAAAACAGACUUUGAAGAGAACUUUUUGCAAAAUGUCAAUGACAAAGAAGCGCCGUGUUCGUUUUCGAUCCAUUACGAACACACAUGUAAUCGACUGAAAGGCUUUUACAACAACAAAAGCUUUUUAUAUUUCUUCUAUAUUUCACAGGAAAUCAUAUUCAAUUUCAUUUAUGAGACACUCUUACGCCUACAUUGAGUGUGCAGAAAAACAAUAUUGAUUAAUUAGGAUUUGGUUUAUGACGUAAAUGUAACAAAUAAUAAUGAUUGAAAUAAAAAGCGUUUCAAUCAG